GCCUAGUCGCACACUACUCCCCUGCCUCCACUACCAAGUUCCAGCCCCUCUCCCACUCCAAACCCUAACCGCACUCCCCCGCAAUUCGCUCCAACCCCAAGAUCCGCUCCCCCGCAUGCCGUGCCUGCCCCGGAGGCGCGGCCGGCCGAGCUGAGUGACUCGCGCUCUCCUCCGGCGCCAGCGCCACCAUGGGCUGCGUGUGCGGCCGCCCCGCGGCCAUAGACGACGAGACGCCUCCGCCGCCGCCGGCCAAGUUCCCGGCGGCGGGAGUGCCCGUAGUGAGGCGGGACGAGGAGGCGCGGAAGCAGGCGAGGGCGCGGGACGAGGCGCUCGAGCGGAGGCGGGCGGCCGCGACGGCCAUGGCCACGUGCCAGGUCAGGAGCCCGGUGCCGCGGGCCGUGGAGGGGGAGCAGGUGGCGGCCGGCUGGCCGCCCUGGCUCGUCGCCGUCGCCGCCGAGGCCGUGCGCGGCUGGGUGCCGCGCCGCGCCGAGUCCUUCGAGAAGCUCGACAAGAUUGGUCAGGGAACUUACAGCAAUGUAUACAGAGCUCGCGAUCUUGAAAGGCAGAAGAUCGUUGCUCUAAAGAAAGUGCGAUUUGAUAAUUUGGAGCCUGAGAGUGUGAAAUUUAUGGCGAGGGAAAUUCUCAUUUUGCGACGGCUUGAUCAUCCAAAUAUUAUUAAGCUGGAGGGGCUAGUAACUUCAAGGAUGUCUUGUAGCUUAUAUCUUGUUUUUGAGUACAUGGAGCAUGACCUAGCUGGCCUAGCUUCUUUUCCUGGACUAAAAUUGACUGAGCCUCAGGUUAAAUGUUACAUGCAACAGCUACUCCGUGGCCUUGAGCAUUGUCACAGUCGUCACAUUCUGCACCGCGACAUUAAGGGUUCUAAUCUCUUGAUUGACAACCGAGGCAUAUUGAAGAUAGCCGAUUUUGGCUUAGCAAGUUUCUUUGAUCCCGAACAAAGGCACCCUUUGACUAGUCGCGUGGUCACACUUUGGUAUAGACCACCAGAACUUUUGCUUGGUGCGACGAAUUAUGGCGUCGCUGUAGAUCUCUGGAGUACUGGCUGCAUUCUUGCUGAGUUAUAUGCUGGCAAGCCUAUCAUGCCUGGUAGAACAGAGGUUGAGCAGUUGCAUAAAAUAUUUAAACUCUGUGGUUCACCAUCAGAGGACUAUUGGAGGAAGUCUAGACUUCCCCAUGCGACAAUAUUUAAGCCACAACAUCCCUAUGCAAGACGAGUUACAGACACAUUUAAAGAUUUUCCUUCACCUGCUCGGGCAUUGGUAGAUGUUCUUCUUUCAGUAGACCCAGCAGAUCGAGGAACAGCAUCUUCUGCGCUGCAAAGCGAGUUUUUCACAACAAAACCAUAUGCUUGCAAUCCUUCAAGUUUGCCGAGAUAUCCUCCCAGCAAAGAGUAUGAUGCAAAACGUCGAGAGGAGGAAGGUCGAAGGCAAGGUACUGCUGGUGGGAAGCAAAAUCCUGAAAGACGAACUAGAGAAUCAAGAGCAGUCCCUGCACCUGAUGCGAAUGCAGAAUUAGUAUCAUCGUUGCAGAAAAGGCAAGCCCAAGACAAUACCAAGAGCAGGAGUGAGAUGUUUAAUCCUUGCAAGGAAGACUCUGCAUCUGGAUUUCCAAUGGAACCACCCAGAUCAACACAUGCUACUGAAUCUUCUGAAAACUCCAAACGUGUGUACCCGGCGAGAACCUUUCAUUCUGGGCCUUUAGUUAAUCACCCAUCAAAACCUGGACCAAGCAAAAAUGGGGAACUUCAUGUACCUGGUGUUGCAGACCUGCCAAAUUUCCCUGUGGCUUUGUCAGCAGGAUCAAAUACACGUGCGGAUGGUAGCAAUGGGACAGUAGUUACUCAAGCUGAAGCAUUUGCUCAUGGGCGGAGGCUGUCUGAAUCUAUUAAUGGACCCUUCAGUAGUAGCGGAAAGUACGAUCAAGCAUUCCACCAGAAAAACGACAAGAGUAGCAGGGUGGAUGGAGCCAUUGGCUACGGAUCCAAAGGCAACAAGAUCCACCAUUCUGGGCCUCUGACCUCAUGCCCUCCAGGCAAUGUUGACGAGAUGCUGAAGGAGAACGACCGCCAAAUCCAAGAAGUCUUCCGGCGAACCCGGGUGGAGAAGUCCCGAGUGAGGAGGGCCCAUGGGCAUACCGGUGAAGGGCAUCAUCAGUUUGGCCUAAGAGACUUCGGUGCUGUACCGGUCUUCCCUUCCAGCCGCUCCAGCUACCGAGCGGCGCCCCAGUAAGUCCGACGUGUAGGCAGAGAUUUUCCAUAGCUUAGGAGCAAAAUCUCUUCGGGGGAGUAGUAUUGCUUCCUCCCCCCUUAGUUCCCCUGGGAUACACAGCACAUUCUGUACAGGAAAGACUUGGCCGUGUAAUAUUUGUCUGUAGGAAUUACCUUCGAGAGGGAGAGAAAGCGGUUUGUUAAUUGGGAGGUAAUUGGAGUGUUGUGAAAAGUCUUAUCA